AGCAUCACGGAACACUCCAGAAAACCGACAACAUAAGGCAUAGUUGGGCUAAGUUAUGAGAAGAUAAAUAGUUCAAUAUUUAGUAGUUUAAACUAAGCUCGUAGUGUUACAUUGCUGAAUGAUACAUCGUGUAAAGCAGUACCAUAACGCAGAGAAAGAUGACUCAAGACUCCUUCGCAGUAAAAGAAGAAGGCAACAACUUGUUCAAAAGUGGUGAUGUCCAGGGAGCUCUGAGCUGCUACAGCAAAGCUAUAAAGCUGAGCGAGAGCGAGUCUGAGAAAGCCGUGCUGUACCGAAACCGAUGUGCCUGCUACCUCAAACUGAACGACUACACCAAGGCCAAGGAUGAUGCCACCAAAGCACUUGAAACAGACCCAGGUGACAUCAAGGCCCGUUUCCGGCGUGCACAAGCUUUGCAUAAACUUGGACAGCUGGAUCAGGCCUUCCUUGAUUCUCAGAAGUGUUCACAGUUGGAGCCCAAAAAUAAAGCAUUUCAAGAGUUGCUUAGGCAGCUCAGUGCUGAAAUCCAACAGAAGGCUGUGCAGCUCUCUUCCACAGACUCCCGUGUCCAGCAGAUGUUUAAACUCCUCUUGGACAACACUGCACAGGCUUCAGACAGACAAAAGGCAGCUCAAAAUCUGGUAGUGCUCUCACGGGAAGAUGCUGGAGCUGAGCAGAUCUUUAGGAAUGAUGGCGUGAAGCUUCUGCACAAACUGCUGGAGUCUCAGCAAGAGGACCUUGUCCUCUCAGCACUCAGAACUCUGGUUGGCUUGUGUACAGCGCAUCAGUCCAGGACAGUGGCCAUUGUGAAUGACGUGGGCAUGGAUAAGCUGUGUGGCGUCAUGGGCUCUGCAGUUUCCGCUGUGUCUUUGUCAGCCUGUCACCUCCUUCAGGUCAUGUUCGAGGCUCUCACCCAGGGUAUGAAUAAGGAAGUCAAAGGGAAGGAAGAGGCUAUACUACCAGAGCCAUCCCGUGAGCUACGUUCAAUGCUGCGGCAUCUUAUUGACAUGCUCCCUGCAUCGAGCGUGUCUGGACCUGGACGUGACAGUGCUAUAAACCUCCUGGUUAAACAGGUGCCCCGGAAAUCUCAAAAAACUCCAGACAACUCCCUCAGUCUAUGGGUCAUUGAUCAAGGCCUAAAAAAGAUUCUGGAAGUGGCAGGGACGGUUUCUGGGAUAACGGAAGGGCCACCCCUUACUGACAGUACCCCUAUGAACUGCUCUGUCCUGCUUAAUAAGUUAUAUGAUGAUCUAAAGAGUGACAAAGAGAGGGAGAACUUCAACAAGUUGUGUGAGGAGUAUAUCCAGUACCAUUUUGGGGGCCCAGGCUUGGAAAGCAAAUUGCGUGCAAUACAGACGGUGUCAGUGUUGCUGCAGGGGCCCAGCGAUGUGGGGAAUCGUACCCUGGAGAUGUCAGGCAUGAUGGAUGCUGUCAUUUCUUUAUGUGCCUCUGAGAAUGUCACCCAUCAGCAGGUAGCAGUAGAGACACUAAUUCAUGCUGCAGGCAAGGCCAAGAGAGCAUCCUUUAUCACAGCAAAUGGAGUCGCACUGCUGAAGGAUCUUUAUAAGAAGAGUGAAAAUGAACAGAUACGGGUGCGAGCGCUUGUGGGAUUGUGUAAACUUGGCUCAGCUGGAGGCACAGAUUUCAGCAUGAAGCAGUUUGCGGAGGGGUCAACUCUCAAACUUGCCAAACAGUGCAGGAAGUGGCUGUGCAAUGAUUCUCUUCCUCCCACCUCUCGGCGCUGGGCUGUUGAAGGUCUGGCCUACCUGACCUUUGAUGCUGAUGUGAAGGAGGAUUUAGUAGAAGAUAAAAAUGCUCUUCAGGCUAUGUUUCAGCUGGCUAAGUCUGAAGAUAAAACAGUAUUGUUUGCCAUUGGAUCUACGUUGGUAAACUGUACCAAUAGUUAUGAUGUCGAGAAACCGGAUCCUCAGUUGGUAGAAUUGGCAAAAUAUGCCAAACAACAUGUGCCAGAGGAGCAUCCAAAGGAUGCGCAGCCUUUUGUGGAGAAGCGUUUGGUCAAACUUUUGGAGGCUGGGGUGGUUUCAGCUUUGGUCUGCAUGGUUAAACAGGAAAGUCCUGCGCUCACUGACACAUGCAGAGAAUGUAUUGCCAGGGUGUUUCUGGCUCUAGUGGAACGUCAAGAAGACCGGGGAAUGGUAGUGGCACAAGGUGGAGGAAAAGCACUGUUGCCACUGGCGACAGAAAGCACAGAUGUAGGUAAAGUCAAAGCAGCCCAAGCAUUGGCCAAAAUUACCAUCACCUCAAAUCCUGAGAUUGCCUUUCCUGGAGAGAGGGUUUAUGAGGUGGUGCGUCCACUUGUGAAUCUCUUGGCCAUGGAUUGCUCUCUUCUGCAGAACUUUGAGGCUCUGAUGGCCCUCACUAACCUAGCUGGUAUUAGUGAACGACUCCGACAGAAGAUUAUUAAGGAGAAAUCUGUGCCCAAAGUGGAGGGCUACAUGUUUGAGGAGCAUGACCUGGUGCGAGCAGCAGCUACUGAGUGCAUGUGUAACUUGAUCUUAAGCCCUGAGGUACAGAAACUAUAUCUGGCCACAGACAGCGACCGAUUGAAACUCUUAGUUCUAUACAGUGGUGAGGAUGAUGAGAGACUAAGGAAGGCUGCUUCAGGAACACUGGCGGUGCUCACUGGGGAAAUGCCUGAGCUGUGUGCAAAGAUCCCCAGCACAACCAGUCACUGGUUGGAGAUCCUGCAGGCUCUGUUGUUGAGUGACAGCCAGGAUUUGUGUCAUCGUGGUGUGGUCAUCACAAUGAACCUGAUGCAAGCCGAGAAAAGUCUAGCUGAAAAACUAAUGGAGAGUGAGGCGCUUGAGAUCCUCUCUGUCCUGGCUAAAGCAACUGAAGCUAGCAAGGCUGCUAUCACUAGAGCAGCCCAACGCUGCCUCGACCUGGCGAUGGAAUACGGCCUUAUCAGGAGCAAUGAUGGCAAAACUAGUGGGAAAGCUGAACCCUGAUUGGAUGGGUUGCAUAUGCAUAGGAAGCUCACUACAAGUCUUAAUUUUAAGCUUGCAUUCCUUGUUUUCAAAUGUUAUAUGUGAUUUAUAGUAAACAUUUAUGUCUUUAGAGCUCUAGUAGUGGUCGUAUGCUCAAACUGAAGACUCAUGAACAGAUAUCAGGAUUGAAAUACUGUAGUAAUGGAUAGGGGAGUGAUGAGUGUUCUUUGCACCAGACUUAUUUAAUAGCACAUUUUAUUCGCUGAUUUACUAUGCGAUGACAGUCAUUUCAGCAGUGUCGCAACCACCUGUUUCUUAGUGAUGUAUUAUUUAUUAUAUGCUGAAAAUGCAUCUUAGUCUGAGCAGCUACCAGCAGAUGAAAGUACAGGCUGACCUGAUUGAGUUGACAGACCUGUUAACUAACAGUCAGCUGUUAACAUUUUCUGAAUUAUUGCAAAUAUCAUGUUGUAGUUAUUAAAAACAAUUGGGAUGGCAUGGCUCCUGGAUGAAACUAGAGCUUGUGGUGCUGUGUGAAGGAAUGAAUGAAUGAAUGAAUGAGUGAAUGAAUGAACGCCAGCUUCAUGAGCUCAGCCUGUUUUUGCCUCAAUUGGGUGGUCAGACAAAGCUGCACUUUUCAGCAAGGACUUACUGAAUGAGACCAAAUAUGUAUUUCACUACCAUUUACUUGCACUGAAGAUUUGUUUGUUUUUGUUUUGUUUGCCUUCUUAGAUUUACCGUCCUGCAUUCCGGUGAACCAUUAUAUCACUUUGUCACACCGGGGUUUAAUAUACUGAGCCAUAUUUAUGGCAUUUAUGUACCAAUCAUGAACAAAGAGAAGAUGACAUUUUUUAUGUUAGAAUUUUAAGGACAGGAAUUUUAAGAAUUUUAAUUUUAGGUGUUCUCCACGCUACCUUUGCCUGGGCUACACUCUCACGCAUCACAUUGCCUUUGAAUGAGUUUUAUAUACUGCACCUUUUAUAUAAUAUGAUGGACCACUGCUUAACUAAAAAAUAAUAAACGAUUUAAAUCGUG